UUUUUUAAACUAAUCAUUGAAUCUUUAUUUGGUUAUAAACUACACGCCGAUACAAGAAAGAUUCAAUAGUUAUUGAGUGUACAUGCGGUGCAAAAGUUGAGCCAAUUGCGGCCGAAAUUAUUGAAGUUUCUCGAACGCAGCCAACCGCCCGCAUAGCAUAAAAAAGCAACAACAACUGCAGCACACAAAGACAACGCAUCGACCACGACAACGAAGCAAACCCGUUUGCGUGUGGUUUUUGUCUGUUUUCAUUGCAGCAUUACCGCAUUUCGUGCCACAAAAAGGGGCGUUGUGUAGAUCUGCAACAGUAUGAUGGUUGAGUCCGACGGUACCGCCGACGCCACACGCCGUUUGAAUGUGAAGAAACAAACGCUGGACGAUGCGUACGCCGUGCCCGCCAACUUCCUUGAGAUCGAUGUGGUCAAUCCACUGACCAACAUGGCGGCAGGCAAGAAACGUUACACUGAGUAUGAAGUGCGCAUGAGGACAAAUUUGCCGGUAUUCAAAGUGAAGGAAUCGAGCGUGCGGCGCCGCUACAGUGACUUUGAGUGGUUGAGAAAUGAACUGGAACGGGACAGCAAGAUCGUGGUGCCGCCCUUGCCGGGUAAGGCCUGGAAACGGCAAAUGCCAUUUCGAGGAGACGAGGGCAUAUUUGAUGAGAACUUCAUUGAGGAGCGACGGAAGGGACUUGAGGCGUUUAUUAACAAGAUUGCCGGACAUCCGUUGGCCCAAAACGAGCGAUGCCUACAUAUGUUCUUGCAAGAGAGUGGGAUCGACAAAAACUACGUGCCUGGCAAGAUACGCAACACAUAAACCGUGGGCGUGGCUAGAGGGGCAACAACAGCAAAUGCAAUGAAGCAAAGAUGAAAAAAGAACUUGAACGAACAAAAGCGUUACAAAAACUGUUAGGGAUACCAACUCAUGUGUAUGUGUGCUUAGCAAGUUGAUUAGGAGAUAUAGAAGAAAAAUGAAAAGGAAUCUGUUUAUUUGGCAAGGAGAGCUGCUCAGUUAAUGUUGAGAGCGUGUAGUUCAAAAGUAUGUGCGAAGUUUUUAAUGCUAAAUUCAAGUUUAUAUGCAAUGGUAUACAUCCAAUAUAUACAAUACAUAUAUAUAUAUAUUUACCUAAUAAUGUAAAUAAUUAUAUAAACGCUAUAUUAAUAGACGUCUCAUAAAAUCAACCAGGAAGCAGGGCAGAGCACAUGUCGGCCAACCGCUCAGAAUUUGUCACCCCCACCCUAGGUAAAAUUCAUAUUGGUCUACGUGUGAAAUUUGAUUUAUUGUUUUGUUUAAGAAUAUCACCAACAACAAACAGUAAAAUGGAGUACGGGUUUCCUACAAAGGAAAAGAAUAGCCGUUGCUUCUGAAAAGAUUUUCAAAUAUUUUAGUGAAUAAUAUUGUACUUCGAAUCAAAUUAAAGUAAUUCCAUAUUCA